CUAACCGACAACUGCUCAUCACCGCACCUGUUCGUUCGUACGUCGUGAUGCAUUCGUGGUCGACUGGACGCACAUGCACACAUGCGCCCGCCGGGUACUCCAACUGCUGGGCAGUGUGUACAAGGCAACGUGCUUGAGGUCGGGUAUGCCAGUGGCACUGAAGGUCUAUUUCUUGGCCAAGGUGCCUCGGAACGUCCUGCACAUGAUCAAGCGUGAGAUUGAGCUGCACCAUCAACUGGUCCACCCUAACGUGAUUCGGCUCUACGCUGCCUUCUUGGAGGGUGACCGGAUCGUGCUGGUGCAGGAGUACGCUGCUCGUGGCGACCUGUUUCAUCUUCUCCGGCAACUGGGUGGCCGCAUGACCGAGGCGCAGGUUUCGGAGCUGGUGAUGCGCCCGUUCCUUGAGGCGCUGGUCUAUCUCCACAGCCAAGGCAUCUGCCAUCGUGAUAUCAAGCCGGAAAAUAUUCUUUACAACGACAACUGGGUUUUGAAGAUCGCCGACUUCGGCGUCUCUAUUAACCUAAACGAGGAGCGCGCUGUGACGCGAGCAGGAACGGUCGAUUACAUGCCUCAGGAGAACAAAGACAACGCAUCUCUUGCCUACACGUCCGCUGUGGAUGUGUGGGCCGCAGGCGUGCUGUCGUACGAGCUGCUGGUGGGCUUCACGCCCAUGAGCGCAGUGAGCCAAUUCAUGGCCACCGCCGCAUCGACACGAACCCUGCACUUUCCCGCAUCUCUCUCCCCGGCUUCCCGUGACUUCAUCCUGGCCACUCUCUGCGAUGAUCCUGGCGACCGACCCACAGCUCAAGAGCUCCUGCGGCAUCCUUGGAUCAAUACUGGAUGUUGA